GAUGCGGCUACCCGCUGUCCCGUUUGCUUCCCUUCCACUCUGAGAAAGAGCCCCGCUUGAUCUUCAAUGUCCUUCAUGUCUCCGAGGCAUUCCCUCACGCUAUUCUGAAGCUGGCGAAAGUCGAUCCAGAUCGCUCCCCAUUGAAAGCCGCACUGAUCCGCUUCGUGCUACGGCUUCUAAAGGGAUUCACAGACACACCACGGCUGUUCCGUUUCCUGUCAGAGCGCUACAAGGUUCCCGCCGUGCUCUUCAUCGCCAACACGGCCCGAGACAUCGCAACGUGUGGCUCUUAUCCCGGCGUGGUGGCCGUGCAGACAGACUUUCCGAAGCGCUUCGCGUCCGAUCUGGCGCUGUCGCGUUCGUGA